CCCCGUCGCCAUUUCGAGCCUUUAUUGUUUAUGAAUGGUUUUAAUUGACAUAGUGUAUCUCUUAAUUUUCUUUAAUUCUCACAGUUUAUGAAUAUGGUUUGGGGGUGCAACAAGACAACGCUCAAACGCUCGCCGUUCAACAACGAUUAUCGCAUAGCCUACAAUCGGUAUUUUUAAAUAAUUUAGUGUUUAGUGAUUACAGUGCUUCUUAAAAAUGAGUGUUUAGUGUCUAAUUGGAUUAAGUCCUGAUAUCUAGAGAUAUAAUGAGAAAAAAAAUAUUAUGCAAACGUUAUCUGUAGUAUUUUUUAUUUACAAGAAUGUAACAAAUAUACAUUGUGUAUAGUGCGUGUGAUGUGAUAUAACCUUAAAUUACAUUAAACUGUCCAUGUCUAGUUGUAACAAGCGACCAUAACCAGCAGGAUGAUUAUUUCCGCUAAAGAAUAUUUAAACAAGCUGACUCUGGACUUAAUUCAUAUCCAUCAAGGUGAUGCUCGGUUUCCAGCAACAACACGAAAUGUUCACGAACCUAGGCUCUCCGAUAGAUUACGAGAAAGCCUCGGCACAAAAGCUGGAUCACUCUCCCAUGAACCACCAGGACCUCUCCAUGACGUACCAAACCAAUAUCGAGAACGUGGGUACUCCUAACGGACUAUCGAAGAAAAAGGAUGAUGUAGUCUUGCUGCAAUCGCAGGCUUUGAAUUCGACAGAGAUAGCGAACGCUUCGUCCACAACGAGCAAGAAAAAUGAGAAGAAGAAGAGUGACAAUAACGGAGUGAAAAAGAAAAAAACGAGAACUACAUUUACUGCAUUCCAACUUGAAGAACUGGAAAGAGCCUUUGAAAGAGCCCCCUAUCCAGACGUCUUCGCUCGAGAAGAACUAGCUUUAAAACUCAACCUGAGCGAAUCCCGGGUCCAGGUUUGGUUCCAGAACAGAAGAGCAAAAUGGCGCAAGAGGGAACCACCAAGAAAAACAGGCUACAUCAGUUCAACCUCUCCUAGUUCAACCAUCAACACCAACUUCAAUCAAAGCAUUCCGUUCACGCAGAACCAGUCAGCACCUGCCGUGGACUCUUGGAGUUAUGGACAGAACACCUACGAUUUGGGAAGCCAUUUAAAUCUACUGAAUCCUGCACCAACGUCAUAUACAGGUUUUGGAUCUCCUGCUUCAUACACUACCUUUGGUUCUGGUCAAAACUCUUACUCCUAUAUGCUUAAUUCACAUGAUUCUCAAUUAUUUACUGCUCCGAUGAGAGCACAAGAUUAUGGAACUCCUCCAAAUAAUCAGAGUCCCCCGUUGGGCAGAGAAUACUCUAUGCUGCAAACUCAUUCGCCGACAGCUGAUGAGAAUUCGAUAGGAGUCAAAAUAGAGUAUGUGGAUCCGAAUUUGAGUCAGUCCCCUGAAAGAUAUGCUAAUGCUUCUCCUAAAUAUGAUCCAAGUUAUGAAGAUGGUAGAUUGAAAGAUUUGAAGCAAGACGGAAACGGAAAUCAAAGUUAUGUAACGUUGCCCCCUUUUCUGAAUUAGCAAAAAUAACACGUAGAUAUUGUUUUAAAUAAUACUAGUUUAUGACAAAAGGGAUGGUAGUUUAAAAGAGAUCCAAGAUGAAAACGAAAAUCAGAGUUAGGUAACGUUGUCCCUUUUUCUAAAUUAGCAAAAAUAAUACAUAGAUAGGUAUUGUUUUAAAUAAUACUAGUGUCAAGUUGUUGAUAAUUUCGUAACAUAGAAUGCAUAAAAUGCAAAAAAAUGUUAUCACAUGCAUACAAAUUCAGAAAGUUUUGUUAGGUGAGUUUUUGUUAGUCAUUUUCUGAAAUACCUUACAAAAUAAAUUUUGUAACUAUCAGAAAAAUAAAAAAAAUAUAACAACUUAUAAUGUACAUAUGUAUUUUUUUUUAAAAGUUAUAGUUUAAAUAUUUUUGUGGUUUUUUAUUUGUAUUUAAGAUAUGUAGUAAAUAAAAAUAGGUAGUUAUGUAGGGCUAGGCCGGGCCAAAAUCUUAAUAUUUUUUGUAUAUAUUUGAAAAAAAAUUAGGUCGAUUUAAGAGAGCUGAUUUUGUACUAAAGUAAAUGUAAAGACUAUAUAAAUAUAUUAUAUUAUUUAAAAGACUGAUACAUUUCCUAAAGGUAUCAACUAGUUUUAAGUUGUUAAUAUUUCUGUGAAUUUGUGCCAUAUUAUAUCUUUAUAUGUUAUUUUGUUUGUAAAUAUAGUUUGUAGAAAAAAAACUGAUCAAGAAGGUGCCAUACGUGUAUAAAGAAUUAGUUAAUAUUAGUAGGUUCAAA